GCUCUUUGUGUCAACUCAACUCAUCGAAGUGGGUGUUCAACUAUGCAAUAGCAAAUUUUAUCAAGUAAACAGCUAUUCGAUUUAUUUAUUUAGUGAUGAAUAACAAAUAAAACUUUAUCAUGGAAGGCUUACCUUCAGGAGAUAUUCAGGGGAAGUAUCAAAAAUUAGCAGCCGAGUAUUCUAAGUUACGAGUACAUGUAAAGGUACUAAAAAAAGGAGUUCUUGAUGAACAAGCGAAAUCUAACGAAUUGAGAGAUUUAAUAAAAGAAAAGGAGAAGGCUCUACGAAGAGGAGAAUUGGAGAUAGAUUCUCUAACUUUUAGGAAUCAGCAGUUAACUAGGAGAGUGUCAGUGCUUCAGGAAGAGCUAGAAGCUUUACAGUUCAAACUAACAAAAAAAUCUAAGAAUAAAGGAGAUGAUAAACAAGUGGGUGCUGUAAGUAAUUUACCAGCUCUCGAUUCUGGUUUAUUACAAGAAGAACUGCAGAAGAAAAUAAUUGAAAAUGCACAAUUUGCUUCACAGCUUUCAGAUAAAACUUUCGAAGUGUCACAAUUGAAGGCUUCUUUAGAAGACUAUCAAAAGCAUAUAAAUGAAAGUGACAGCAAAUAUAAAUGUGAGAUAGCUAAGCUGAAAAACAAAAACCAGGAGUUACAAUUUGCACUUGAGGAAGUACAGAAAGAGAAGCUUGGGGGAACACCAAAGAUUCAAGUUGUAUCAAGUAGUCAACCACAUAGCUGUAAUGGAGAUUUCCUUUCAGAAGGAGGAAGCUUGGUUGGAAGUGAGGAUGCUUUAAGUUCCAUAGGUGAUUUGAAUAUAAAUGAGCAACUUAGUAUAAAGACACACACAUUAGAACAGGAAAACCAGAAAUUGAGAAUGGAAUAUGAACUCCUACAAAUGGAAAAUGAUAGUCUCAAAUUAGAAGUGUCCAAAUAUGUGUCGGCCUCACAAAAAAGGAAAGGAGAGAGUCAUGAUUCAGGUGACUUCAAUAAUUUCAAUGAGACUUCUGUUGAUACAGAAGGUAAGGUCAUAGGCUUACUUGGAAGUAUGGAGGUGCCUUUCUUGUUGAAUCAUGAAGUACAGUCUAGAGAAGAUAGAAUGAAGACUUAUUUUAGAGACAAAGUUAGUAAAUUGGAAGCUGAAAAAGAUGAGUUGAGAAGUAAGACUGAACAUUAUGUCACAGAGUGUGAAAUGUUAAGGUUGAGAUUUGAAGAGAUGGAACAUGAUAAGGAGCUAGAUAGGCACACUCUCCAGGAGAAACAUAAUACAAUCAGUAGGCUGGAGGAAGAACUCCAUUCGACGUCACACAACUACGAAGAGCAAAUGUCAGUACUGACUGAACACGUAGCCGGCCUCAACGAUCAGCUCGCGCGUCAACACGAUCAAGUGCAGCAACUCAAACACCAACUCUCCAACCGCAGAAAGUAACGACUACAGAAGCAGUAGGUUGCUGUUAUCGCUCAGGAAUUUUAUCUUUGAUUAUUAUGAGUGCUAUACGGAUGCCCUAUGUGGAGCUAAGUUGUCUGCUGAAAGAAUCCUCAAAACAAGAAAAUGUCUUAGAUCAAGCAAAGGAGAGGUGGGGAUAACAGGCAGCAUGCAAUGGUCACCAAUUUAAAUAUGUAACUUGGAUUUGUCAUGUUAUACUGCUUAUAGUAUUUUGUGUGAGGUAGGUGCAUCUCUGAUGGAUGAUCCUCACGGAUGUAUGUGAUGUUUGUACUCUACGAAUCGACGGCCGUGCAAGAUUGAUUGUCAUUUUAUACAUUUUUUGUUUCUUACAUUUCGCGUCCGUCAAUUACGUUACGUAUUUGCCGUUAAAUAUGCACUAAUCUCUGGUGGCUGGGUCACUAGUAACGAAACUCAUGGAACUUAUAAAGCACCGGUACUCAUACUCUGUGUCACACUACCUGUCAUUUAAAUACCAGCACUUGGUAACAGAAGUCACAAUUAUACUAUUUUGAAGUAUUCUUGACAUUUUUUAUUAAACAUUGUUACAUGCCUACGCAAGUGUUCAUACUUGGACAUGCUCGAUACAUUUUUUUAUUAGUUUAUUUAUGUAUGAUUUAAGUUCACGUUCGUAGUAAACAAUCUUUGGUAGCACUUCUCGCGACUGUCUCGCUCUCUGGUGAGCAGUAGCGGUAGUAACGGUGGCCCUAAUUUCAUUUUGAUCGUAAAAAGUAUGUCUUGGCCUGUCCCGGUUUCUGCAUCGUUCAUUUUUUUUUGCUGCUUUCUCAUUCAUUUAAUGUGCGUUAUUUUUUUCACAUAUCUGUAUCGUACUCUAAAUAAUUUGUAUUUCGAUUGACGCGACAAGCGACGCCAAAUUACAAAACAUUAAAUUUGAAUAUAAUUUGUAAGAAUAACGACUUUUUCAUUACCCCUGUUAUACAAUGACCGUGCUAGACAAAAAAAAACAUCAUUUUGUAUUGAAUUUAUAGAUAAGACACUCGCUAGACAUUAUACUUUUUAUGCUAGAAACACAUUACCAAUUUUUAAUAGUAGCAAUAUAUAAAUGAAUUACUUUCAUUAAGAGUGUUUUUUUAUAUGGUCUAUACAAUAGAUUAUAUUAUAUAGGUUAGAGAUUUUAUGUCAUUGUAAUAAAGAUGAUUUUCGUUCAAUAAGUAUUUUACCGGUAUCAAACAGCUACACACAAUGAAUACUUUGUGAAUUUUGAUAAACUAAGAAACGAAUUGAGUCAUCUAGUCCCUAGACCAGGAACAUAAUUCUAGACAUAUAUGGCCAAAAUAUAAUUAAGUUUAACGAUUACAUUUAGUAACAUUCGCCCAGCAUUGAAUAUUACAAUAUUAUAGUUACCGUUAUUUUUGAUAAAUUUAAGAUUCAUGUGUUAUGAAUGAAUGAAUAAAUAAUAAAAAAUCUAUUACAACGUGUAAUCUUUAAUCCUGGGUGAAUAUUAGUAAAUGAAAUCGUUAAUCAUGAUUACAAUAUGCCCAUAUCUUGAUUCUAGAUAAGCCUUUGAUCUACAUAUAUCGAAACGAUAUUAUACUUCGAAAAUAAAAAUACUUUAAAAAUAUUUAACGCUCAUUUCUGAAAA